CUUCCGGCUACUUCCGGUACCCCAGUUGAGCGUUGUUGUUCGUUGCUUCGAUCAACUUCAGGACAGUCGUUCGCCAGUGCGUUUAACUGCUAUUAUGGUUUAAUUCUGUGUCACGAGGCGUUCAGAGUUUGAUUAAAAGACAAAAAUCGAUUCAUUCUAACCUUAAAUAAUGGAAAUCUUUAACGUAGAGAGCCGCGAGGCGGCUCUCCCUCUCUCUGCACUGCGUCUGGUUGUGCCGCCUCUUCGGCUGAUGUCAGCGUUUCUAUGGCAGGUGGUUCAGCGUCGUAAUGUGACUCAGUACGGGAAGCUGGAGCAAUUUGUGGUGCUGGUGACCGAGACCGUGCCAGACAUCAUGAGUCGAAGUCUGGUUAAUAAACUGAUCUUUCACCUGCGGAAAAAGGUGAUAUUGGAGCUUUGUCUUAAAGAUAAAAUGCCAGAUCUGUGGGUCAUUCAAGCACAUCUGGAUUCUCUUCGAAAUCUCACACAUAAAUGUAAAGAUGUGGAAAGUGAGAUCAUCAAUAACAAAUUUAUCAGAAUGGUGCACAACAUUUUAGAGGACGCAGAAAAGAAAGAGAAUUUCAUCCAGCAUGUCUUCCCUGUAGAAUAUGGAUCCGGAUAUGAUGCAGUAUUACAGAGCCUUGCAUGGGAGUUCCUGUCUCGAGUGGAAGAUCUGCUGCCGGUGCCCAACCUCAAAGAGACAGCAUCGUGGCUUUGCGGCGGUCUCUCGAUGAUGGAGGAGAUUGUGCAGCCACUCUCAGAUCCAGUGGAGAUCAAGGAUGUUCUCCAGCACUUCAAAACUAAAAGACUGCACACAGGAAACAAUGAGCAAUCUCAAAGAGUGAUCAGUGAAAUGUCCAUUCCUUCUACAGCUGAAGUAGUUUGUUUGCCUCAUCCAGUCUCGCCUACCAUUGCCAUUGAACAUGAAGAAACUUUGCCCCCGACCUCCAUUGCACAAGAGACAAUUAUCAUUGAAUCAGAAGGCACAGAGAACAGUCAGAAUCUGAUUAUGCGGCCAUUGAUAAUGAGCCCUUCUCAGAGUUACACAGAAGAGGCUGAGCCUUUAGUGGACAGCGAGGAGUUCACAGCGAUAGCUGCCACUGAAGAAGCAGAGGAAGGCUUACAACAAGAGGAGGUACUUUGUGAAGAGAACGACUCAGGCGUCUGUGAAGUCCAGCAGAUCUACCUGACCACAGAUGGCUCAACCGUGGUGGUGUCAGAGUUUGAGAACGAGGGAGAGGAGGCGACUCAACUGCAAUUCCUAGAGCAAUCAGAGAUAGUGGAAACGUCUGGUGUGAGGCAAGUCAGUUUAGAGCAGUGGAUCUCAGAAUUAACUGGAAAGGGCAUCUCUCUACCAGUUUUGCCUCCAACUCCUGUUGAAAUUGUGAGGGAGGAGACCAUCUACGUUCCAGUCAUAGAAAGACCACCAUCUGUGAAGUCCAUCAUCCACAGAAAGAGCAGUCCACCUCGAGCCACAGUUUCCAAAGGCAGCGGCCACUCCUUCUGAGUCCCAGACAACGCAGGAGGAGAAAAGACACAGCUGUCCCGAGUGUCACAAAGAGUUUCGCUUCAAAUGCCUGCUGAAGAAUCACAUGCGCACUCACACGGGCGAGCGGCCAUUCCAGUGCUCAGACUGUGGCAAAAGCUUCCGGUGCCU